AUGGAUGAUGACUUUGUUAGAGCUCUUAAUAAAUUCAAUUCCAAAUUUUGUUUCAGUAAUAAAAAAAAUUCACUGAAUGAAGUUCUUCAGAACAAAAAAAAUGAUAAAGGAGAGGAUAUAAAUUGUAAUAAAUUAAAAAAGGAUUUAGAAUUACAAUAUAUACAUAGUUCUAAUAAUAAAAUAUGUCAGAAAUUUUUAACUCUACCACUAAACAAAAAAUCGGAUAAACUAAAAGACCACUCAGAUAAAGUUAUACUACCAGUGUCUAUUCUGAAAACCUUAGAAAAAGGCAACUACAAGAACGAAGUAGAAUUUCCAUAUACAUUUAGUAUUAAGAACGUACAAAAUAAUUAUAUUACACAUGCAUGUGUUUUAGAAUUUAGUUCGAAUGAAGGCAUAAUUUUUGUUUCAGAUAAUAUAAAACAAAAUCUAGGAUUAGACAAACCUCAAAGUAGUAGCAUAGCGCGUGUUUUAAUAACAUACUGUAUACUAUCUAAAUGUGAUUUUAUAAAAUUAGAUUCUUUAAACGAUAAUAUUAAUGAUAUAAAAUAUAUGAAAAAUUUAUUAGAAAAUGAAUUAAGUUUAAAUUAUAGUACGUUAACGUUAGGAGAUUAUAUACAUAUUAAUCAUCUUAAAUUUUAUAUAAGUGAACUAGAACCUGAUAAUGCUGUUUCUUUAAUAAAUACAGAUAUUAAUGUUGAUAUAUGCGAAAGAACAAAUAUUGAUGAAUAUAAAAAUGUUAAAACUAUGGGGGAUCAUAAAGAUAUAUAUGAAAUUAUUAAAAUUGAUAUACCUAUAAAUAAUACUAUUCAAAAAGCUAUGAAUAAAUAUAAAUUUAUUAUUAAUAAUAAUAUAUUAGAUUUAUUGAAAAAAGGUAAAAUUGAACUAGCUAUUAAUUUAGAAUCUAAUAUGAAGUUGAAUUGUUUAAAUUUAUUUAUAUCAUUUCCACCCUUAGAUUCAGUAUCAGAAGUCAUUCAUCAUUUAUAUAUUGAUGAUUGUAAUACUGAUCCAAUUGUAAUAAAUAGAGAGAUCAUCAAAAGUAUUUUAAAAAUACACUUUGCGUGUUUAAUGAAAGAAGAACAUUGUAAUAGAAAUAAUGAUAAUGAUGAUGCUAAUCAGAAUGUGGAUAAUAAAUACAAUAGUACCUCUAAUGAUAAUCUUGAGAAUGAUAAAAUAGGAAUCAAAAAUUAUGAUGAAUCCUUUUUAGAAUACAUAUUUGAACAUUUCUUCCCACAUAUAAUAUAUAUAGGAGUACAUAAUUACAUGGAUACACUUAUAGAAUAUAAUAUAUGCUUAAAAUUAAAUGAAGAAAAAAAUAUAAAUACAAAAAAGGAUGACAAUAACAAUAAAAGUGUUAAUGGACCAGUAUUUAUUAAUAAUAAUAAUAAUAAUAUUAAUUUGUUGAGAAAUAUAAAUAUGAUCACACCAGAUACAGAAAAUAUAAAGAGUGAUGAUGAAUAUAUUACAUGUGAUAAUUGUCUUAAAGAUAUAUUAAAAUAUAAUAUAUAUAUGCAUAAAAUUCAUUGUAUGAAGAAUUUCAUUUUGUGUAAUACAUGUAAAAAAGUAUUAAAAAAAAAUGAGAAAGAAAAUCAUAUACAUUGUGAUAUAUGUAAUGAAGGAAUGUAUUUAAAUGAAAAAGAAAAACAUGAAUUUAUAUGGCAUACUCAAAUAAAAUGUGUAUGUAAUAAAAUUUUAUAUCGUAAACAAUUUAUUUUUCAUCAAAAUUUAUUUUGUCCAAAAAAAAUUAUAUAUUGUACAUAUUGUAAUAUUUUUACUCAAUCAAAUAUUAAUAUAUAUAAUGAAGAAUUUAUUUUAGCUACCUUUUUUGAUAUAUAUGAUAAUGUCAAAACAAAUAAUUCUACAAUAAAUAAAUCUAUCAAAUAUUAUUACAAUAUAUUAUUUACAUAUUUUCAUUUCUUUUUUAAAUAUAUAAAAAAUACAGAACAUGAAAAGUAUUGUGGAUCAAAAUCUAUUAACUGUACUAUUUGUAAAAAAAUUAUUUAUAGAAAUGAUUACCUUUUCCAUUUAAAUACAAUUCAUCAUUUUAAUAAAACGGAGUCCUUUAAAAUUAUAAAUGACAACGUUGAUUUUAGCCAACUAAUGAAUGACACAAAACAUAAAUCAUAA